UGGAGAGAGGCGACCCCAAUAUCUUCUUUCUGGUAUUUUUGGAACCAUUCUGUGUUUCCCCAACAAUUGUAGUGAUUUCGGCAGCAAAAUGGCCACGCAACCGCAGAUAUUUACAGGGUUAACCCUGGCCUCAACGCCUGCCUCUUUGUUCCAGCCCUCAUCUUCAAGCUCUCACAGUCUGUGUAUGGUCAGGAAGCCCCUCACGACGUCGUUUUUCGGUCGCGGAGUAAAAGUUACGGGGAUAAGAAUUGCAGCUUCGAACCAAUCCCGUAGUCGACAAAGGGGAGGUGCUCUUGGUGCUGGUAUGAACCUUUUUGACCGGUUUGCUAGAGUUGUCAAGUCAUAUGCAAAUGCAGUUAUAAGUUCCUUUGAAGAUCCGGAGAAAAUUUUAGAACAAACAGUUCUUGAAAUGAAUGAUGACUUGACAAAGAUGCGUCAGGCCACUGCACAAGUUUUGGCAUCUCAAAAGCAGUUGGGAAAUAAGUAUAAGGCUGCACAAGAAGCUUCUGAAGAUUGGUACCGUAAGGCACAAUUUGCUCUUCAGAAAGGAGAAGAGGAUCUUGCACGUGAAGCUCUAAAGAGGCGUAAAUCUUAUGCUGAUAAUGCUAAUGCUUUGAAAGCUCAACUCGAUCAACAAAAAGCUGUUGUUGAGAAUCUUGUCUCUAAUACACGGCUUUUGGAGAGUAAGAUACAGGAAGCAAGAUCCAAGAAAGAUACCCUGAAAGCACGUGCUCAGUCUGCAAAGACUGCAAGCAAAGUGAGCGAGAUGUUGGGGAAUGUCAAUACAAGUAAUGCUCUUUCAGCUUUUGAAAAGAUGGAAGAAAAAGUGAUGGCAAUGGAAUCCCAAGCAGAAGCUCUUGGUCAAUUGACUACUGAUGAUCUUGAAGGAAAGUUUGCUUUGCUAGAGGGCUCAUCUGUUGAUGAUGAUCUAGCAAACCUGAAAAAGGAACUAUCUGGUAGCACAAAGAAAGGAGAGCUUCCACCUGGAAGAACUGUCAGUACAAGUACGAACAAGGCAUAUCCUUUCCGAGAUGCUGACAUAGAAAUGGAGCUUAAUGAACUAAGGCAAAAAGCAAAGGAUUUCUAGACUUUCUGUUUUGCCUGUCUUUUAGAUUUCUUCUUUCAAACUCAGCAUUGGUUUCAUUUUGCCAUAAGAUUUAAAAUUGUACAGCUAAAGGCCAAAGAGAUUGACAUUGUAUAGCUGAAAGGCCAAGCUUAAAUCAGUUAUAGUGGUGUUUCAUGUUUGGACGGGCAUGUAAUGAAGAGAGCUGCAUGCUUUAUGUAUGAUAAAUCACAUUUUCUUGUUCUAAUUCUACGCAUAUGGUUAAGAUUA